AUGGAUCUUACCGGACUUUUAAAUUCCGCCUACUACGGAACCGACGCCAACACCCGUAAUGAGGCCAAUCGCCAAUUGUCCGAGUUUGCCGCCUCGUCUUACCCCGAGUACAUGGUUUACUUGGCCGAGGUGUUGGUUAACGAGUCAGUAAAGCCCGAAAUCAGAAUGCUUUCGGCGUUGGGCAUAAAGAACCAGUUGACUGCUAAAGACCCGAGGACGAGAGUGCAGCAGCAAGAACGAUGGGUGCUGUUAGGUGCUGACGCGAAGCAGAAGGUUAAAGAAAGCUCGAUCAAGACGUUGCUUAGCGACGACGAGAGAAUGGUGACGACCGUUUCGCAGUUGGUGUCGAGCAUUGCCCUCUACGAAUUGCCCCAGAAUGCGUGGGAGGACUUGAUUCCAACCAUUAUAGAACACACAAAGGCGGAGAACCCCGUAGCCGUGAAAAGAGCUUGUUUGCUUACAAUUGGUUACAUUUGUGAGAGCGCAGAUGCCAAUGAUCCGGCGAUUCUUGCGCAGUCGAAUGGCAUCUUGAUUGCCAUUGUGCAAGGCAUUCAGGGGACGGAGCCUUCAACUAGAGUGCGCCUCACGGCGUUGAAUGCGUUAAUCAACUCGUUGCAAUUUAUUAAGAACAAUUUCGCCAGGGAAGGUGAGCGUAAUUUUAUCAUGCAAGUUGUCUGUGAGGCUUCUCAGGUGGACGAUUCUGACCUCCAGGCCGCUGCGUUUGCGUGUCUUACAAAGAUCGUGGCCAUGUACUACCGAUUUAUGCCUGUUUAUAUGGAGAAAGCUCUCUAUGUGUUGACCAUAUCUGGAAUGGAAAGCGAAGAUCAAAACGUUGCGUGUAUGGCCAUUGAGUUCUGGUCAACUGUGUGUGAAGAAGAAUUCGAGUUGGCCUAUACUCAACAUGAUUAUGCUGAACGUGGUGAGCAACCCCCACCGGAAGUUCAGAAUUACAACUUCGCUCUUUUUGCAACAAAAGAUGUCUUGCCGGUGCUAUUAAAGUUAUUGAAGAAGCAAAACGAAGACCCUGAGGACGAUGAUUGGUCGGUGGCCAUGGCUGCCGGUUCCUGUUUGCAAUUGUUUGCAACGACCACAGGAAUGUAUGUUGUCAACCCAACUUUGCAGUUUUUUGCCGAAAACAUCGGCCUGACAGAGUGGAGAGACCGAGAAGCUGCUAUCAUGGCUUUCGGCUCCAUUCUCGAUGGCCAGGAUAUCGAGCAUCUCAAAGAACCAAUUCAGCAAGCCAUGAACCCCAUCUUGCAUUUGCUUGGCGACCCAACUUUGCAAGUGAAGGAGACCGCUGCUUGGUGUUUGGGUAAGAUCACAGAAGUCGCUCUUAAUACUAUCAAUCAGAGUACUGAGUUGCCACCUUUACUAGAAGGCUUCUUGCACGGCUUGAAAGAUCAUCCAAAGGUUUCUGUUAACUGCUGCUGGGCAUUGAUGAACAUUCUUGAGCAGCUUUGCAAAGACGCUCCGACUCAACAGUCAAGUCUGAUGUCUAUCUAUUACCAAAUGUUUGUGCCCGCGUUGGUUGAACUAACAGACAAAUCAGACAACGAAUUUAACUCGAGAGCAUCAGCAUACGAGGCUUUAUCCGCUUUUGUGAGUUAUAGUGCCUACGAUACCAUGCCUGUCAUUCACAGCAUUGCAAGUGAAGUGUUGAGCAGACUAGAGGCCACCAUUGGCAUGCAGCAGCAAGCAAAUACAACUGAGGCCCGUGCAAUGCUCGAGGAAUUGCAGAUCAAUAUCUUGUCUUUGCUCACUAGUAUUAUCAGAAGACUCAGUAACGAAGUUUCGAGUGCAGCCGACAAUUUGAUGACGCUAUUACUAAAAUUGUUGGGUGCUCAAGAACCAAACGCUUUGAUUGAAGAAGAUAUAUUCAUUGCCAUCUCUGCUGUUGCCUCUGCCGUGGGAACCGAUUUUAUGAAGUACAUGGAGUCUUUCUUGCCAUUCUUGACGAAAGCUUUGCAUAACGUUGAAUCACCUACAUGUAAUACUGCGGUGGGUCUUGUUGCUGACCUUGCUCAAUCAUUGGGACCGGGCAUUACCACUUACUUGGACGGGUUGAUGGAUAUCUUGGGUAGGGACUUGAGCAACGACAAUGCGAAACGAGACUUGAAGCCCGCCAUCUUAUCGUGUUUCGGUGACAUUGCUGGCGUUGUGGAGGAAGGCUUCAUGCCAUACAUGGACGUCGUAAUGAACGUGUGUACGCAACUUGCCAAUACGGUGCCUGAAGACAACCUGUUUGACACCUUGGAUUAUAUCGCAAACUUGAAAGAAGCAGUGUUGGACUGUUAUGUUGGUAUUGUGAGCAGUUUGAACAAGAAGCCCGAGUUGCUUUUCAACUACCUCAGUCCAAUCUUCCAGUUGCUUCAACAGAUUGCCGGCGACGUCGAGCUCUCGACCACAGAAAGCGCUGCUCGCUCUGCCGUCGGCCUUUUGGGUGACAUUGCCGCAAUGUACCCGGAUGGUCACUUGCGCGACGUAUACUCGCAAGAGUGGAUUACUCUGUUCAUCAAGAGGACACGCUCGAACACUGGCUACUCCUCACUGACCAAGGACGCUGCCAGAUGGGCCAGAGACAGGCAGAAGAGGCAAAUUGCAUAA